AUGGCAGCAGUUAACGAGGUUCAGCUGACCGCCGCCGUGAACUUGGGCGCCCUUCUAGAUGCGGGGGAAGGCGCCGUGGUGAUAUUAGUGGCGGGCGAGACACGGCUGGCUGCCCACAGGACAGUGCUGGCCGCCAGAAGCCCCGUGUUCCAGGCAAUGUUCCAGCAUGACACGCUGGAGGCCAGCAGCGGCCACGUCACAAUCACAGACGUGGAGGGGCCGGUGAUGAGGGAGCUGCUGGCCUACAUGUACACCCUUCAGGCCCCCGAGCUACCCGGCAUGGCCCCACUCCUGCUCGCAGCCGCUGAUAAGUACGGCUUGUCCGCCCUAAAGGCUGUCUGUGAGCAGCAGGUGGUCGCACAGCUCUGUGUCGAGAACGCUGCGGCCUCGGCCGUGCUCGCAGUGAGGCAUUCGUGCCCAAAACUCACAGCGGCUGCCGUCGCCUUCAUAAAGGCCAACCUCCACGUGAUGGGCACGAAGGGAUGGGCAGACAUGAUGCGGAACCAUCUCGAACAUGUCAUCGAAGUGAGUCGGAUGCUUUCUGAUCCGCCACCAUCAACCAGGUAA